GCAGUGUAAGAGCUUGCGGCUAAAUUUUACUUUUUUUUUUCUUACUCUUCAUGUAUCAAAAUAACAGACUUUUCUUCUAUCUUCAUCUGCUUUUUCCCUAAUAAAACUCAAAGCAACUCUCCCUCUCAGAAAGGCAAGAAGAAAAGAAGAAAAGAAGAAAAGAAGAAAAGAAGAAAAGAAGAAGAAGAGAUCUAAAGCUGCACCAACCUCUCUUUAUAUGCUAAAAACCUUCUCUUUUCUUCUAUCUUCAUCUGCUUUAGUUUCAGAGAUUUCGACUGACCCCACACACAUAUAAACAUCCACAUAUAUAUAUUUAUAUAUAUAUAUAUAUAUGUUUGAUGUUUGUGAAGAUUGAGUUUUUAGCUACUGAAGGAGAUAUCUUUAUUUAUGUAAUAGUUUUGUUGUUAUCAUCGUCAUUGUGGCUACCACAAGAAGGCAACUGCUGUCGGACUCUGGAGGAGCCUUUGCAGAUUGGGCGACUUCAUCGUCCGCAGCAAUCCGAGCUGGUCCCGAUGACCUUUCCCUUGGCUUCAAUGCUAAUGCCGCCGCCGUUCCCCCUGGAUCCACCAACACUCAAUGGCCACCCUCAGCUCGUUCUGUCAACUACGGGCUUCCCCCUGAAAUGGGGAUGGUCGGUCUCCGGGAUUUCGUCGUUGUUGCCCCGGCGUCGUUUAAUCACCACCACCAUCAUCAUCACCACCACCAUACUCAAGAUCCCAUCAUGUCGAACGACCAAAUCAGCGGUCCGAAUGCUUCGACCGCUCUUGGUGUCGGCGUUGGCGUUUUCCCGCUUCUUACAGCGGCUCCAUGUUUAGCUCCGCUAAAUGUGGACGACCCUGAUUUGUUCAAUAACAAUGGUCGUAGCAAGUUCAGUGGGAUGCAGCUAUGGCAGAAUCAAAAUUCUUCCCCUCACGACUAUCUUAAGAAACCAUCUUCGUUCCCCGACAACAAUAAUCUGAUACAAAGCAGUGGCGGCGGCGGGAUUGGAGGUGAUGCAAGUGGCGGUUCGGGUUCAAGCUCGACGACCACGUGUCAAGAUUGCGGGAACCAAUCUAAGAAAGGCUGUUCCCAUAGGAGAUGUCGAACAUGUUGUAAAAGUCGAGGUUUUGAUUGCCCUACUCACGUGAAGAGCACGUGGGUGCCUGCUGCUAGGAGAAGAGAACGGCAGCUCAUGGCGGCUUCCGCCACCAUCGCCGGUGCUGGCUCAUCGGGGUCGACUUCCGGUGCCAAGAAACCGAGGCUCAUAGCUUCGCAGAACACUACUACUUCCUAUACAUCGACUUCAAACACUACUAGAAGUCUCGACACUAGCUCAAGUAACCAAGGCUUCAAAGAGGCACUCCCGGGGCAAGUACAUGCGCCGGCGGUAUUCAAGUGUGUUCGAGUGACAGCGGUGGAGGAUGGUGACGAUGAGUUUGCAUAUCAAGCAGUUGUUAAGAUUGGUGGACGUGUGUUCAAAGGGUUUCUUUAUGACCAAGGAGUUGAAGGAAGAGAUGUGUUCCCUAAUAUGUCUGAAUUGAAUUUAGGUGGUGGUGCAGGCAGCCGUGGUAAUGGGGGUGAUGGUUGUGGGGGUGGUGCAAGAAGUGGUGGGUCGUCGUCUCCGGUUCUCGAUCCUUCUGAAGUUUAUGCAGCCACCGGAGGCUGCUUGCUUGUUGGUUCAAGUUAUGGUAAUCCAAUAAACUAAGAUUCCAUCUUAGUAGUGUAUUGGUUGUUAAUAUAAAUGUUAGCAAUGUAGCCUAAUUCUGCUUUUGUAGACUUAAUUAUCCUUAUUAUAUAUAUAUUCAUUUAUUUUGUUUUUCAACUGUUUUGGGGCUUUGAAUUUUCUUAUUUUCAAUGCCUAAUUGUCUUU